AUGUCUGACAUUUUUACUAACCAAACAUUGACUAACCUUAUUCAAGCAGACACUUUCCAAGAAACUCUGUAUAACAUUUACAUUCAUCAACCAACUUUGAAUAUUAUAGAAAAAUAUUGGGCCACAUGGUACAUAUAUAUGCAAAAUGAUACCUUAGCCACUGGAUUAAUGUUCUUCCUAUUACAUGAAUUCAUGUAUUUCUUCAGAUGUUUACCAUGGUUCAUCAUCGACCAGAUCCCAUAUUUCAGAAGAUGGAAAUUACAACCAACAAAGAUCCCUACAGCCAAGGAACAAUUCUUCUGUUUAAAAUCAGUAUUAUUAUCACAUUUCCUAGUGGAAGCAAUCCCCAUCUGGACCUUUCAUCCAAUGUGUCAAAAAUUAGGUAUCACUAUUGCAGUACCCUUCCCCAAUUGGCUUCUUAUGGCAAAGGAAAUUACAUUAUUCUUCAUUUUGGAAGAUAUUUGGCAUUACUGGCUUCAUCGUCUUUUCCAUUAUAGCUACUUUUACAAAUAUAUUCACAAGCAACAUCAUAGAUAUGCUGCCCCAUUUGGUCUAGUAGCUGAAUAUGCUCACCCCAUUGAAACAAUGUCCCUAGGAUUCGGAACAGUUGGAAUGCCAAUCUUUUACGUCAUGUAUACAGGGAGAUUACAUUUGUUUACGUUAUGUUGUUGGAUUACGUUAAGAUUGUUUCAAGCUGUAGAUGCUCAUUCUGGAUAUGAUUUCCCAUGGUCGUUAAAUAAAUUCAUGCCAUUUUGGGCUGGUGCCGAACAUCACGAUUUACAUCAUCAUUAUUUCAUUGGGAAUUAUGCCUCGUCUUUCAGAUGGUGGGAUUAUUAUAUGGAUACUGAAGCUGGUCCUGAAGCAAAAUUGGAAAGAGAAGAAAGAAUGAAAUUGAAAGCAUUGAAAAAAGUGAAAGUGAAAAAGCAUUAG